UUGUCAAUAGCUGUGACCUGUAGAAAAUGUGACAUUGAUUCCAAAAACUCUUUUUAUCCCUUCUCAGUUCAGGCUGUUGAUCAACUUGUUCGUAGAUGUGGUUCAAAGGUGCACAAUCGUGUCGGAAAAUUUCGUUUUUUAAAUCAACUUGUAAAAUUAAUUACGCCUAAGUAUCUCGGAGCGCAAACAUCAACCGAGUUAUCGAUCAAAUUGCUCUACUCUUGGCAGCGAUCGAUGCGUCAUGUGGAAAAAUUUAAAGAGGUCUCACUCAUAAUUUUUCACUACAAUUGUAAUUUGUCGCCUUCAGUUGCACCACCAAAAUUAGCCGCUUUCGAAGAUGAGGAGAAAGCUCGACUACUGAAGGAGUUAUUGAAUAGCAGAAAUCCCGACGACCUCCAGGCAGCAAAUCGUCUCAUUCAAACACUAGUAAAAGCUGAAGAUCAGAAAUUGGAAGGACUGCAUAAACGAGCAGACGAACUGAAACGUGCUCACCAGUUGUGUAAACAGUUUGAGGAAGCCAUUAUAGAGAAGACAGCCGAAAAUCUCGGCAUCACUGCGGAUAUCGUCUACACUGAGUUGAAAAUGAAGGUAAUAGGUCGGUAA